AUCUUGUUUUUUUUGGGUUUCAAGAUUGUGCACGUCUCUCGAGUGUUAACUAUUGCAGCCAUGUAGUUUCUUUUAUGUUCAGCAAGAGCGAGUUCUGUUGCUGUUGCUUUUCUUGAGCCAUCACUAGCAAACACACAUGAUCUAUAAGUUAAGCCUCCACGAAUAAAGUUUAUCUUGAAAAUUCCUACUUCAAAUAUGCAGCUUAUUGGGAUGAAAGCACCCAUGAUGAAACUAGCUGUGUGAUUGUUGUCCGUUUGCACACAAACAUGAUAUGGAAUCAAUAUGUGUUCCAGAGAUUGACACUAAAUUGUAGAACAAAGAUCCAUGUGAUGUAAGAUUCCGCACUUGUGUUUCCUUAUAUUGCUUUCCUUUCUUAGAUCAUUAAAACAAUAAUAAAUUGCAAAAAUAACUGGUUUAAGGAACCAAACUAUCAUAGAAGCCAAAAGACAAUAAAAGUGAUAGAUUCCAUAUAAUUUGGGAUUAAAUGGAUCUAUAAGUAAGUGAGUUCCAGUAAUGAAAGAACGUUUUAAGAACCAAUCACAGAUAUGCAGUUUACAGAAGACUCAACACUUUUCUGACUAAAAAUAUGUCAAUCAUGGUGUUGAGAAUGUUAGAUUCAAAUUUAUGAUUUCUUCUAAAAAUUCAUCUUACUACAACUUAACACCGACAUAGCAUAUGGGAAAUCUUACUCAACAAACAUAGAGAAUACUAGAGUGUACACAAUGGUGGCCAGAACGGACUCACGAUCAGGGAAGAUCCACGUCAAUUAUAAUAGGAUCACUUGAAACCACAAAUACUAUAAAUCAAAUUUGUAAUUUGCAUUUCAUUAGGGGUGGACAAAAAACCCAAACCGAAUCGAACCAAAUCAAACCGAACCCAAACCGAUCCAAACCAAACCAAACUAUAUGUCUAACCUGUUUGGGUCAAGAUUUUAUCAAUCCAAAUGGUUUGGUAAACCAAACCGAAAACCGAAAGUUUUUAAUUAGAUUAAUUAAAUAUGCUAAUAAUAUUAAGAUUUAAUAUAUUUAACCAUUUAACCUAAACAACUAAACAUAAUUUUAUACAUUUUACUUUUAAAUGAAUAGAAUAAGCAUAACUAAAAGAAUAAUAAAAGAAUAUGAAUCACAUACAUUAACAUCGAAACGGAAAGGUUAUUUUAUGAUAUAUAUAUUCGGUUUGAAGAUAAUAAUAUAAAAUUAUUGAAUUACAUUUUCUACAUAUUUAUUGUGAUGUUUGGUUUUACGUUUAAAUAUGAAAAAAAUAAUGAUUUAGUAUCAAAUGAUGAUUUGUUUAGGUUUUUAUAAAUCAUAUUUUUGUAAUUGAACUAGAACAAAACUAUAAAAUUAACUCGGUUGAACUGAAAAAUACAAACAAAACCAAAUUAAACUGAACCAAACACGAACCAAACUAAACUAAAACCGAACCGAAAUAAAACUGAACUAAACCGAUCAUAAACCAAACCAUACUAAUUUGGGUUGACUUUGGUUCAAGAUUGUUUAGACCCAAAUAACCCAAACCCAACCGAACCCAAACGAACCCGUAAUUAAACCGAAAUACCCACUCCUACAUUUCAUAACAGAGAGUGACAUAUUUAGUUGAAAACGAUAUCAAUGAAUUCCCAAAACCAUAUUUGGUUUUUCUAAUGACCCUUUUAAAUUUUUUGAUCCUUUUUUCUUGGCCUCGCCACUGUCCACAAUAGACGUAAAUCCAAUUGAAUUCUGAAACUACACCUGCACUAGAUUCCCUUACAAAUAAAAUGAUAUAGUUAAUGAAGUAAUCAAUUCCAUCAUAGACUAUAAAAUCAACGUACUAGAUUAACCAUAAAGUCCAUGUCUUUCUAUAGUUGUGCAUUUCUUCAGAAAUGACUCAAUCAGAAGACAAAGCUUUGACAAAAGGACUUGAAUACUUGUACUCAAAGUUGUUGCAUUGUAAUCAAACAUCAAGCACGCAAUCAUACUCUAAUAAACUCAAUUGUACCAGAGUAAAGUCCUGACAACAACAAACUUUUCAGGUAAACACACAUAAAGUUCGUAGCUUUCUAUAGUUGCACAUGAUUUACACAUGAUAACGCAAUCUUUUUUUGCAGACAAUUUAGAACCGUAACACAUCUCCAAGUGAGUUAUUAUUUAUCUUGAUCUCUCUAGGAAGGUAACUGUCUCGUUUGAUCAGCAGCGUGUUCUGAAUUGCAAUGAGAUUAGAGAAUCAUGAAUUGCCAUAUUCUCAUUUCUAAAUAGAGCGCAUGACUAUGAUUUCCAGGGUACUUGCAAUUUCUGCAAGAAGGGAGACAAAUGGAACCAUUAAAUAUUUUCUUCUCUUAAGAGCUAGAUGACUCCGAAAGGAUCUCUGAAUUUCUGAAAAUCUUAUCCAAGAGAUUUAACUCUAAAUUCGUCUUAGCAAAAGCUGAGUUUUGUUUAACCGAAGAAAUGGUAGUGGGGUCAGUUCGAAGUUCCACAAUUGAAUUAAAGCGAGGAGAGCCAGUCGUAACAAGAACAGAGGAACCAAAAAUCAUCAGCUAAACACCAUCCGAAUAUGUUUGGAUUCUCUCGGCCUUGAAAACGCUAAUGUAAGGUACAACUACUAGCUCAAAUUUUUAAGGCUCUACACUAAUGUAGCAAAUAGCUUUUUCUAUUCUAGUCAUUCUAGAAUCUUGAGACUAAGAGCCGUCUUUGAAAAACAACCUGAAAAUCAUGGGAUAUCUCUUGUGAGGGUGAGAGGUGACUUUGGAAAAAUCCGGUAUGUGGGAUAGGAUUAAGCCAUUGAACCUUUGUCUUCUUUUUCGACUUACAGGGCCACCACGGGUCGGCCAGGUUGGCCCACUAGACUCACUGAAAGAGGUGAGAAUCGAAUCCCAAGUGCCAGGGAGUAUGUGAGAUAAGAUUGACCCAUUGAUCCCUUAUCAACAUCGUUAACCGAAUAAAAAAGAUAAAAUUGCCACUGAAAAUCAAAAAGAAUAGAUAAUUAAAAAAACAUAGAAUAUUUAAUAAAAACAUCAAAAUGAAAUAGAAAACAAAACCAAAAACACAUACGGACAUUCCUAACAUGGUAUCAAAGAUCCAAUUAGAGAAUCACACCACUGAAAAUCGAAAAGGUAUAAUUAAAAAAAAAACAUUGAUAAAAAAACAUCUGAAUAAAAUAGAAACACAAAACAAAAAACACGUAAGAACAUUCCUAACCGGGGAUCAAGGAUGUGGAUUUAAGCCCUUAUCAACAUCCUAGCCAGAUCAAGGAUCUGAAAGUGGUCAUCAUCAACUUGAUCACCGGAUUUGAAUUUUCCAUUAAAAAACGGAAGGAUAAAAGAAAAACAUAAAAAGAUUUUGGUAAGAACAUCAUAACUUUUAAUACUUGUACUUUAAACUCAGGACGCAUCCACCCCUUUUCCAUCGUCACCAAUAAUAUUAAUCUUUUAUACUAUAAAGCAUAAUUCAAUUGACGAUUUUGAGGUGACAUGUAUCAUCUAAAUUUUCUAUUAACUUGUAGAGUUUGUUUGAUACAUUAGUGCCAAUUUUAUAAGUUUACUAGGAAGAAGAAAUUUAUAUGUUUUGGUAAGUAUUGUUUAUUACUCUCUUUUUGAAUUGUGGUUAUAUUAAUCGACUCUCUUCCAAAAUUUGGAAACAAAAUAGAUGAACAUUAGGAUGACUAUCUGAAACACAAUCAACAGCAUUCCGGCAUUGUUUUUGAACCAGGUUUUUAAUGGUUUCUCUUUGAUUUUAAUCCAUUCCAAUGAACAUUUUUCGCAUUUGAAUCUCUGUAUAUUUAUUUAUUUCAUUUUGAAGUUUCGAGUGAAAAUAGUAAACAGUUUAGAAAAGAAAAAAAUAAAAUUUAUUGUUGUGACAAUUGGUGAAGAUGGUUUCGGAACCAGAAGAAUGGCCAGCAUUUGCAAGUUAUUUGGAAGAUUUCAACAGCCUGAAAGAGAGUUUUUCCAGAGCAGAGAUCAUCUAUGUUUUAAGAACGCAUAAUAAGAAGGCGGAUAGCUUAGCUCGCAGUGCUAGGAAAGUAUCGUCUUUGGUUGUUCACAUGGAUCAAGAUCUCCCAGUUUGGUUCACAGAGUCAAUAUGAUUCUGUAAAGUUGAUGAUAAAAAAAAAAAAAAAAUUAUUGUUGUGAUUUUGAGUAGACAUUUAUCUUCUUUUGGAUGAUGAGACUAAUUAUUUCAAUAACAUGUACAGAAAAAUGUAAUAAAAAUCAAGUAUGUGUAUUUGUUAUAUUUCAUAUAGAAAAAUAAUUAAAAAGAGUCAGUGUCAUAUGAUUAAAAUUGGUCCUUUUUUGGUCAAAAAAAUUGGUCUAUAACCGAGCUUAUGAAAUUAAUCUUUUUUGUUUGCUUCCGAGAACAAAUUUAAUGUCAUAUAGAAAUAUAGAAAUUAAGAAAGUGCACAUUUUAUUUUUUAUGCAAGAUCUUUUGUCAUUAUCUAAAAUGCUCAAUGGAUUUGUUAUAUCUUAAUAAAAAAAGAGUUAGAUUUCUUUUCUAUGGCCUAUGAAGCUAGGACAUGAAUAUAUCCAAAUAUCACAACUUUUUAUUUUCAUUCAUAGCUAUUUACAUUUAUUUAUUCAGAGCCAAUGCUAUUCUAAUCAAUUAGAGUUGUACAAAUAUUUUCGAAUUUAGAAAGAAAUAGUAUUAAAAACAGUAAGUAAAUAAACAAUCACCACUUUAGUAAUUACCGUGAUUAAAAAGCGGGUUAAGCGAAGAUUUAACAGUCACCAGAUCAUUAAUCAGGUCAGCCAAAACGGCCCUGUGUAACUUUCGAUCAAUAUUGAGUUGGGCUAAGUUUGUUGGUUUCAUAUUACAAGUCUAUGACCAGUUAUUGGGCUUUAUAGUUUUUAGCCUGUGUGAUAUCUAUUAGAAGCCUUUUUAAUAUAGGUUUAAUUCAUAUUGGGUUUAUUUUUGUCAACACUGUUAUUUAUAGAUUAGAAAUCUAUCAACCUACUAACGAUGUUUAAAUGUAUAAUCUAGCCUAGAAUAGUUUUCCUUUUUGGUUAAAAAUGUUAAGUUGCUUAGAAUAGUUGUGGAAACUAACUCCAGUGUCUCACUUGUGUUGUAUUUGACAUAAAGUUUUCAUGUUUUUGCGAUUCAAAUAUACAGUAGUUUGAUUUUACAUGUAUAAUUAUUAGUUAGUAACUUAGCAUGCGUACAUAUUUUCGAGUGAUCAUCAUCGAUCUUUUUAUAUAAGUACGUAUCUUUCUCUCGAUCUCAUUUUUUGUAUCCAUAUCAAUAUCCGUUUAGGUUUGAUAGAUCGAGACGUUUUUUCUUUGAAUUGUUUCAUAGUACAUCGAAGUAUGUAUUUCUGAUCUUAAAGUUAAAAAAAAAUGUAUUUUUGAUCUCUAAAUGGAUAAGCGUCUUUAUGCAUGAGUGUAUAGUGUGCAUGUGCCUCUAUAUACCUAACUAUUUUUACUAAUGAUUGUAGGAAUAUUUUUUUUGUAGGAAUUUUCAAUUGUAACUGAUAUGAUGGUUGCCGUCUUAGUGGCUAACCCGCGGGUCUCUUUUUACGUGGUUGAAAGCGUACUAUUUAAUUAACGUAGUCAAAUUGACCUAAUAUUUAUCAUCUUACCUAAGAUCUUAAUAUAAAGUUGCAUAAAAUUAUCAAUCAUAGUGUUACAAUUUUUAAAUUCGUUUGUUAAUCAGGAGAAUAGUUAAUAGAGCCGAAAGGUCAAAUUUCAGCUAUUGGUUAUAAGUAAAUGAAUUUCUAAUACGAUUAGAAUGUGAAAGAAGAUAGGCAUUUCAAUAUGUUAAUACAUUUUUUGGUAUUUAACUAUUUUAUUGUAGUUAUUAAGAGCUAAUAUAGAUCGUACCUGAUUGGAUAAUGCAAUAAUUUGUAGCAGCCAAUCGAAAUAUGUAUUAGUGUUAUAAUAAGAUUUAUUAAUUUAUUAAGACCAUACUUCAUGUUGUGCUAUUUAUAACCUUGGACCACCAUGAAAACAUACAAUAUCGCGUUUAAAGCUGCAAGAGUGGAGAUAGAAAGAAUAUUGUAAAUUUAUAAUAACAAAUUAAGACUGAUUAUGAGAUUGUUUUAUAAAACAAUACGUUAAACCGAAAACCCCACGAAUCUAUGGGGCCACACCCAAGAGCAAUCUAGAAAAAACUCCGUAUGUAGCUGUCAUUAGGGACGCUUGUGGAGUAAUUAGACAUGCCACGUUUCCAAAAAUGGAAAUUUAUAAUCUUAAAUUAAGGAGCUAGUACAAGAUUUGUUUAAUUGCUAACCAUGUGCUUAAAGCUCUAAUCGUGAUUUGGGAUGUAGAAGGAACCAAAGAGACAGGUUGGCUGACUAUAUUUAUAUUUGUUUAAACUUUUACUCGACGUGAGUGUUUUCUGGACCGUCCACGUUGUGCCUUGGCAUUGAAUGUUUGAUCGUAAACAUUGUGGUGGUGAUUAGUGUCUUAAUCGAGUAACUGAGAAUCUUAAAUUUUUAUUUUAAAAGAACCAAAAGGUUUAGGAUUAAUUAGCUGUUUAGAGCUUUGUCAUGUUUAUAAUCCACUAGAGAAUGAUCCACGGAGUUCUAUUGGAUUUUAAAACCAAAGAAUUUCAACAAUCAACUACUUCAAGUAGUCUUCAAGUAUAAAAAUUCUGAUUAUCAUUUUACCAAAAAGAAAAGAGUACUGAUUAUCAAAAUUCAGAAAUCAGCAAAUGAAAAGAAGUAAAAUACUGCGUAUGCUUUAUUUUACCUUUCUGUUAGUGAAAUUGUGAAAUUUAUUAUUUACUGGCAAAACGUGGAUUAGGUGAAUUUUUUUAUUUCCUUUUGUGCUUAUUAUUAUUGAAAAGAAACCCAACCAAAGACUUGAAGAGCUAGCUCAAUUUUUCAAUUUGCUAGUGCAAAUUUCUCAAAUGCAUGCAUAUUAUUAUCUAAUAUAAUAUAUAGUAGGUAACUUCAUCGGACACAAAUGUUCUUAGAAUAUUUCCAUGUAAAAUUCCAUUUUUCUUUUAAAAUGAGAUAAAUUCAUAAUAAAAUUAAAUUUAUUAUAAAUUUAAUCUAUUUUGGAGAGAAAAUUGAGUAAUGAACAAAAAAAUAAAAAAAAUUACUGGAAUGGAAAAUAGGGUGGAAUCGAACAAUUUCUUAAUACAUAUUUUAUUUUAUAGUAAAUUAUUGAAUAGUGUCGGAGAUGCUCUUUAACUAGAUUGUAGUCUAACAGAACGGGUUCUACAUGUGAGCUGGUUUAAAGACAAGAAGCCCACAUUAGGCAAACACUUCAAAAGAUAGAUUAAAAACUCAUUCUUGGCAACACUCCUUAUAAAUUACAGGUCUUUCUCUUCCACAACACAAUUUCUCACAGCUCACAAGUGAGACAAAUUACAACAGAGAGAGAUAGAUAUCCAAGAACAUGAACCCCACGGUGAGUGACCAUAACAUGGCUUUCAUCUCUCAGUUGUACCCUGAUGUCUACACUCAUAUAGUACCACAAGGAGAAGUGAAGCCACCGAAGCGAAGGAGGAAGAAGAGCAAAAGGGCGGUGGCUGCCGGAGAUGGAAGUAACUGCUUGUUUAAGAAGAGAAAGCUUACUGAUGAGCAAAUGAACAUGUUGGAGAUGAGCUUUUGUGAUGAACAUAAGCUUGAGUCGGAGAGGAAAGAUAAACUUGCGGCGGAGCUAGGGCUUGACCCUCGUCAAGUUGCCGUUUGGUUUCAGAACCGUCGUGCACGGUGGAAGAACAAAAGGCUCGAGGAAGAGUACAACCAACUCAAAAGCUCACAUGACAACGUCGUUGUCGACAAGUGCCGACUUGAGUCAGAGGUUCUUCAGCUCAAGGAACAACUCUUUGAUGCAGAGAGGGAGAUCCAAAGAUUGGCAGAAAGAGUAGAAGGAGGCUCUGGCAACAGUCCAGUUUCUUCUUCAGUCUCCAUCGAACACAAUGAAACGUCGUUUUUUGGAGACUAUAAAGUUGAAGAAGAUGGUGACGACUACGAUAACAUGGUUUAUCCGGUGCCGGAAAACAGCUACAUGGACGGAGAGGAGUGGAUAAAUUACCAGCUUAAUGUAAUAUUUUAAUUGUAUCAGUUAGUGUCGUGAACCAAGAAGGAAUAUUACUAAAUCAAAAGACUAUUUUAAUUGUAUAACGCCGAUAUAUUUCACGCUAGUGUAAUUUGGCAA